AUGGCUCCUCCAUCAACUACCGUCACCGAGAUGGCGACUUCUACUGAGGCUAUUCUUCAAGCUGAUGGUCAGGAAAUGCCCUCAUUCCCUAAACCACCAGUUUUCGGAGACAAGUAUAAAGAACGGGAAUACCUCAAAGGCAGAUUAGCCGCUGCAUUCCGUAUCUUUGGCAAAUAUGGCUUUGACGAGGGAGUCGCCGGUCAUAUUACGAUGCGGGAUCCUGUGGACCCUACGACAUUUUGGGUCAAUCCAUUUGGCGUCGCCUUCUCCCUUAUCAAUGCCUCCGAUCUUAUUCAGGUUGACCAUGACGGAAAGGUUAUUGCGGGUGGGAAGGUCCGUUUGUUAAACACGGCAGCCUAUAUGAUCCAUGCUGCAGUGCAUGAGGCCCGCCCUGAUGUGAUGUGCGCUGCGCAUAGUCAUAGCAUCUAUGGACGUACCUUCUGUGCCCUUGGCAGGCCACUGGAUAUCAUUACCCAGGACUCCUGUGCCUUUCAUAAAGACCACGCCGUUUACCAACAGUUCAAAGGCGUCGUCCUUGCCAAAGAGGAAGGGAGAAAUAUCGCAAACGCUCUAGGCAACAAGAAGGCCGCUCUUCUCCAGAACCACGGCCUUCUGACAGUUGGCAAAACAAUUGAAGAGGCAGUUUUUUGGUUUGUGUCUCUGGAAAAAUGUUGCCAGUCCCAAUUGAUGGCCGAUGCUGCCGCCGGAGGUCGUGGAGGGGCUACCAUUAAAAUCAACGAUGAGGAUGCAUUAUAUACGUAUAAAACUAUCGGUUCACCAGGCGCAGGCUACUUCAACGCGAAACCGUUGUUUGACGUCAUUCACAAAGAGACGAAUGGGGAAUAUAUGCAGUAA